AUUACAUCAUAGGUUUGACAGUAUAUUGUAACGCUGUUAAAUUUUGUCAUUCUUAAGACUACAAUCUUAUGGCAAACUGGAAUAAAAAACGACGUUUGGCCUGUGAGCCUAUUAUAGCAUUGGAACAUCCUUCAAGCAUAAAAAUAAAUAUGUUUUGUUGGGGUAGUAAUAUACAUGGGGAACUAGGUUUAGGUGGUAUAGAAGAGGAAACUAUUUUAACACCUAGUGAGGUUGAUUUCAAAACAGCUUCAGAAAUUGAGCAAAUUGCAUGUGGUGAAAAUUAUACAGUAGUUAUUACUCAAAAUGGUAAAGUAUAUUCAUGUGGAAACAAUGAUUAUGGACAACUUGGUCAUGAAAAAGGAAGAAAAAGAUUACAAUUAAUACCUGGAUUAGAUGCAUUUGUGUUCAAGAAAGCAUCUUGUGGAGCACACCAUACUUUAGCAGUAAAUGAAUGGGGUCAACUGUUUAGUUGGGGAUCUAAUGCAGAGGGCCAACUAGGUUUAAAUUCUAAAAAUCAGAUGGAAUGUUCACCACGUAUGGUGAAAACUUUAGGUACAAGUACAGUUGUACAAGUAGCUUGUGGCAAGAAACAUGCACUUGCACUAACAAAUAAUGGAGAACUAUAUAGUUGGGGUUUCAAUAGCGAAGGGCAACUUGGUUUAGGUACUGAUGUUGAAUGUGAACUAAAACCUAAACUUAUUAGUACUUUAAUUGGUGUCCCUAUUGCAUUUAUUGCCUGUGGAGGAUAUCACAGUAUAGCUAUAUCAAAAUCAGGGGCUGUAUUUGGGUGGGGAAAAAAUAUGUUUGGUCAGCUAGGACUAAAUGACACACAAAAUAGAAAUUUACCAUGUUUGUUACAAACUUUACAAAAUGCAAAAGUGUGUUAUGCAGCUUGUGGAGAAGAAUUUUCUACAUUUUUAACACUAGAUGGUGGUGUCUUCACUUGUGGUGCAGGAAUGUAUAGUCAAUUAGGACAUGGAAGUAAUACAAAUGAAAUUUUGCCUCGUCAAGUUAUGGAACUUAUGGGUAGCACAGUUACACAGAUCUCAUGUGGCAAAAGACAUACUUUAGCAUUAGUAUCAUCACGAGGUAGGAUUUAUGCUUGGGGUUUAGGUGGUGCAGGACAAUUAGGUAACCGUUCUACUCGAAGUAUAGCAACUCCACAAGUAGUGCAUGGCCCAUGGGUUACAAUAAAUAGUUCUUCAAUGAUGGAUCCUGAUAAACAAUUCAGUUCUUGUACAACUGAAUAUAUUGUUAAACAAAUUUUUACUGGUGGAGAUCAUUGUUUUGCCACAGUAGUUUCGAGGAAUGAAAAUAUAGUACCAGAUAAUUGUAGAAAAUUACAUAGAUCUUCUCAAAUCCUUACAAUAACAGAAGAACAAUUAAUAGCAUGUCAACGAGUUCCACCAAGUUCACCUGUUGAUCAUGAACUUAUGACGUAUUUAGAGACGGUAUUUAGAAAUCAGGCUUGUGUGACCGGAUCAUUCUUAUUUAACAAUGAUGCGCACUAUGGAUGUUCAAGUAAGCAUCAUGGGGUGGAUCUUGACCAAGCAAGUAGAUUAUUUGGAAUUAUUAGAGAAUUGGAUAACAGCACAAUUCAAGAACUGAUAUUUACUUGCAUAUCGGACAGCUUGAUUCCCUCCUUUGUUAAUUUACCAUCUAAAGUAAUUUGUUGGGAAUCCUUAAGAAUCUAUUUAAUAUUACCUUUGUAUCAUGGUUUCGCAAAUCCUCUUAAUUGUAAUUUAUUGCAUAAGCCAUUCUGCAAAGCUGUUUUAGGAUUAAAACCAGAGGUUCUUGAAAUUGUAACAAACUGGUGGCUUAAGGCACCACCUCAUUAUUUUGAGAGAUUAGUUAGAAUUCAUAAGUCAGUUGUUCUACAUUAUGUUAAACAGUCCAAACCAAAUAAGGGUGUAUUGUGGGAUGUGACUCUGCAAGUUGUUUUGGAUUUUUUACGCUUACUAAAUAAAUUGAACAAUGAAGGUGAUGAAGGCAAUAUAGUACCUUAUUCUACUUUUCAUUUGCCAGAAUUAGUAGAAUUUAUAGAUAUAACAGAUGAUUACAUAAAAUGGAUUUCUGAAAAAGAAUCUGUUUCUUACCAGAAAGUGUUUUGUCAUUAUCCUUUCCUCCUUGAUGCUCAAGCUAAAAUUAGAUUGCUUGAAACAGAUCAAGCUAUUCAGAUGCAAUCAGCAAUGAAUGAGGCGGCAACUCGAGCUGUAAUAAAUCAAAUAUUCUUUGAUCCAUCUUCUGCACUUUCACGAGAUCAUAAUCAAUUUGUAAUAUUAAAUGUAUCGCGGGAAAAUAUAGUUCCAGAUACUCUGCUGGCGUUGUCACAAUAUACUUCUAGCGAUUUGAAGAAACCUCUUCGAGUAAAAUUUCACGGUGAAGAAGCAGAAGAUGCAGGGGGAGUUAAGAAGGAAUUUUUCAUGUUGUUAUUGAAAGAAAUUCUUGAUCCCAAAUAUGGCAUGUUUAAACAGUAUGAAGAAACUAGAAUUAUUUGGUUCAGUGAAGAUUCAUUUGAGGAUGAAAACAUGUAUUUUCUGAUUGGAAUUCUUUGUGGACUUGUUAUUUAUAAUUUUAUUAUUAUAGACUUACCAUUCCCAUUAGCUCUGUAUAAAAAAUUAUUACAUGAACCAGUUGGAUUAAUUGACAUCAAAGAAAUGUCACCAGUACUUGCUAAGAGUAUGCAAAAUAUACUUGACUAUGAAGAAACAGAUUUUGAAGAGGUUUUUGCUUUAAACUUUGAAUUGGUUAGAGAUGUAUUUGGUGAAAAAAAAAUAUACGAACUUAUACCAGGUGGGAGUAAUGUUCCUGUUACAUUAAAUAAUAAGAGACAGUUUGUCGAUUUAUACGUAGACUAUACGUUAAAUAAAUCAGUAGAACUUCACUUUCAAGCAUUUUAUAAAGGCUUUCACAAAGUUUGCGGUGGUCGAGUGUUAGAAUUAUUUCAUAGUUACGAACUUAUGGCAGUAGUGGUAGGAAAUGAAGAUUAUGAUUGGGAAGAAUUACAAAAAAAUGCAACAUAUAAAGAAGGAUAUACAAAAAAUGACCCUACUAUUAUACUAUUUUGGCAAGUCUUUCGUGAACUUACAUUAGAAGAAAAGAAAAAAUUUCUACUGUUUUUGACUGGUAGUGACAGAAUACCUAUAGAAGGCAUGAAAGCAAUGAAGAUUACAAUACAACCAGUGAUGGAUGAACGUAUGCUGCCUGUUGCUCACACCUGCUUUAAUUUACUUGAUCUCCCACGAUAUCAAACACGAGAAAGGUUACGAUAUAAGUUACUACAAGCUAUUCAGCAAACUCAUGGUUUUUCAUUAGUAUAA